AUGCCGAUCCAUAGUAGACGCUCCGCUUUCUCGCGCCACGUUCUGUUGCCGCUCCUCCUGCUCGUUCUCCCCUUCAUAAGCCAUGUCACCGCGCAGACCAGCGCAAAAACGUACCCGCUGUGCCCGUUCACGCAGCAGCCGCCGGCGAAGCCGAACGUGACGAUGGCGCGGUGCGUGGACGCGUCGGAGCGCGCGUGCUGCGCGGACUGCAGCGACGCGAGCAACGCGCUGCACGGGCUGACGGCGAACCAGACCGUUGUGCUGGAGAUGCUCAAACCCGAGAUCGUCGCCAUCAUCGGCAACAAGGACGUGCAGCAAUGCGCGAUGUUCGUGGGGUUCGACGCGUGCAGCUACGACCUGGAACAGCUCUACUGCGCCAUCACCUGCAACCCCGAUGGCGGCACGUAUGUGAAGGCGUCGACAGCGACCACUGGCGCGCUCACGGUGUGCGAUGCGUUCGCCACCCAGGUGUACGCCGACUGCAAGAACGUGCCCAUGAUGGGGCAGGCGACACUGGGCAAACUAUUGAGCAACAAGGAGAUAUUCAUCAAGCUCGUCUUCGGCCUGCUCUUUGCACGCUUCAGCGGCAUCAACGUCACCGUCAACGUCGCCCAGAAUCGGGUGGAUAAGGAUAGUCGCGAGGAGAAACGCGCGGGGGAGGGUAACGAGGGCGAUGAAGCAGAUGAUGAUUACUUGGUGCUGAGCGAGGUCCACGUGGCAUGCCCCUCGCACCACGUCAGCACAGUCAGCACCUUCGCCUUCCGCCUGCCCCCUGCGGUGGCGGCAGCGGGAUGGGCGCUACGCGGGGAAGCGGAGAAUGCAGAGGGGUGGGAGGGGUCAGAAGACGCGGGGCGGAGUGGCGCGGCGGAAAGCACAGAGGGGAUAGCAGGGGAGGGGGAGGGGCGGCGGGACACGGAAGGGGCGGGAGUGGCGGUGGAUUCGGACGGUGAUCUGCUGGUGGCGCGGCGCAAGCGGCGGCGCAUAGGCAGUGGUGGGGGAGGCACAGGCGGUGGCGGCAGUGAUGGCGCUGGUGGUGGGCAGAGAGGCCGUAUUGCGCAGCUGCCAGCAGCAGGAGUGCCACGUGGCAUGGCAGUGCAGGCGGGUGCAGGGCCGGACGAAAACGAGGAUGGGGAGGGGAGCGCCCAUACCACGCUCUCACCCCUCGUCCGCCUGCAACCCCCACUCUUCCCCCCCCAGGUGUGGAGGGCAUCACUGCUGCUGGCGGACGUCAUGGUGGCCAACCACCGCCUGCUGGGGGGCGCCACUGUGCUCGAGCUGGGGGCGGGCGCAGGUACACCUGGGGGCGGGCGCAGGUACACCAGGGCGGGCGCAGGUACACCUGGGGGCGUGUGGCGCUCUGGGCACAGGGCUGGCGGGCAUCACGGCGGCACACUUCGCCACCCGUGUCAUCCUCACAGGUACCACCUCCCCUCACUUCACUCUCCUCUCUCUCUCCCUCCUGCCGCCGCUCCUUUGACUCUGCACACAGGCGAAGGCGUGCUGCGCAAUUGCGCUGCCAACGCCAUCGAUGCCGCCAUGGCAGCCAGUGCAGCCAGUGCAGUCACGGGUUCCUCGUGGCACCCCCCCAGCCCCGUGGCAGCAGCGCUGGUUCGCCGCCUAGACUGGCGCCACGGCUGGCCGCCUCCCGUGGUAACCGAGCGCUCUGCGCUCCACCAAUCAGCAACCAGCUCUGGCUACAGCAGUGCACCGGGCAGGGCGGCAGGCGCACAGGCGGGAAUGGGUGGCGCAGUGGACGAGUUUAAUGGGAUAGACCCGUUUGGGUGGACCGAGGAGGAAGUGGGUGACGCCAGCAACGCCACCGUGCUGCUGGCUGCUGACGUCAUCUACAGUGAUGACAUCACGCGUGCCUUCUUCGGCACCCUUCGCUCCCUCCUGCGCUGCGGCCCUCCCAAGCUCCUACUGCUGGCGUUGGAGAAGCGCUUCAACUUCUCCCUCUCCCACCUCGCCCCUGUUGCCAACGGCUACGCCGUCUUCCGCUCCCACUUCGCCGCCCAAAACGGUGCUCCCAGCUGCUACAGUGGCGGCCACUGUAGCAGCGCGCAGCAGGCAGCACAGGCAGGAGAGGCCAGCUGCAGACUGGCCGAGCAGACAGGUGGUGGGCGGGGGACGAGGGUAGAUGGGUGGCAGACGGUCGUGGAUGGGCGGCAGAGAGAGGGGGAUGGGGACAGGGAAGGGGAGGAGGAGGGGGAAGAGGAGGAGCUGUUGGGGUGGCGCAUGGACGUGGGGCAGGUACCGCAGCACGUGGUGGGGUGGGAGAGGGGGAGCGACAUGGAGCUCUGGGUCAUUGGCAACCAGCGGUCACUGCCGCUGGUGUGUGAGUGGAUAGAGAGGGGCGUUGGUCUGUCUUUCUGCCAAGGGGGAGAAGAGGAGCAGUGCUCCCCUCCUGAAGCCUUACAAGCAAAUCCCUGA